CUCAAAAUGUCGACAGCGAAAAGAACGAUAGAUUCCUUCUUCAAACCACCGGCAAAGAAACCCCGAGUAUCAGAAUUGGCAACAACAGAAGAAGCGAAAUCAGCAGGAGAAGCAUUGGAACGUGAAUUCACGCGUCACCCAACGUAUCCAUUUCCAAUACCAUGUCUUCCUUCAUCCAUAUCUUCGGAGCUGUCUUCGUUUCCAUCCACGAUUGGUAAAGAGAUAAACGAUCAGGCUGAUCUCGAUCUUCUUUACUUCGAGCCUUACAUUCCCAAAUAUCUUGAACGUCAGCUGUUCCACUUUCUUCGUUCGGAAUUGCCCUUUUAUCGUGUGGAGUAUGAUAUCAGGCGAGGAGGUAUAUCGACGCAUAUCAAAACUCCAAGGUGGACCACAGUAUUCGGUCUCGAUGAAACAUCUAAAUUCAAUAACAAUGGAGAACUUAUUGAUGCCAAUAGUGGUAAGAAAAUCGAGAAAGAGCGAUGUUACACCAAAUAUCCACCUCGGCCAAUCCCCAAAUGUUUAGACAAUUUACGACUUUCCACUGAAUUGGCGACGGGUUGCAAGUUCAAUUUCUGUCUUGUCAACUAUUAUGCAUCUGGAUCCGAUUCGAUCUCAUAUCAGUACGUCAACAGUAGACAGGUUUCGCUUUCUUUCACACCCAAUUCUGUGCUCUGCUUUCAAGGCCCACUUUUCCUCUUUUCCAGAUACAUCUUUUCUAUUUCUAAUGCAACCUCUGUUUUCAUUUUCCUCCAAGAUCCUUCUUUGAUAGGACAUGCUGAUUUCCCGACUUUCAACAGUAGUGACGAUGAAAGAUUUUUAGGCUCAUUACCGGCUAUUGCAAGUUACUCGCUUGGAGCAAGGAGAGAUUUCCUCAUGAAACACAAACCUAUCCCGCCAAACGAUAACGCUCCUCCUCCGCCAGAAACAAAACCUAUCAAGCUGCCACUUGCAAGCGGAGAUAUGAUAUUGAUGCGAGGUAGGACGCAAGCAAAUUGGCUUCAUUCUAUUCCCAAGCGAACAGGUAAGAAUGCUGAUGAUGGGGGGAGGAUCAAUAUUACCUUUAGACGUGCUAUGGUAAAGGGCGGGACAGAGAACUACUAUAAUUAUAAUGUCGGCACUGGUCCUGUGUAUAAAUGGGAUGACAUUCUGAAGGAAAUGAGAAUAUGGAAAGAGUUAUGA